CAGAUUAGUCAGAUACUGUAGAAACACACACACACAGUUCUUUCAGAGGCACUGCAAAACUCUGUGGAAUAGAUACAUUCAGUGUGUGUGUGUGAGGCUGAGGAAGAGAGAUGGACAUCCUGGAGACGGACGCCUACGAUAGGAGACAGCGGCGGAACACGUCCUGUGUUCUGUUUCUUUUUCUCCUCCCUUUCUUCGCUUCCACAGCACUCUUUUUCUACCUAUGGAUCCCAGAAUCUGCUCCGUCCAUCCUGGCUGCAGGUGUAAAAGCAGCCCCUGUGCUCUCAUUGGUUUUCGUGGUGAUGAGUUAUGGCGGUGGGAGGAGCCUGCUGGGCGUGGCCGGGGGGUUGGUGAUGUCAGCAGGAGGAGACGCUUGUCUCAUCUGGCCACAUCUUUUCCUCCAGGGAAUGGUCUGCUUUGCUCUGGCCCACCUGCUCUACUCUAUUUCCUUCCUUACUUCACGUUAUUCCUCUCGCACCUUCUCUUCCUGUGGCCUCUACCUCGUCUAUCUCUUGCUGUGGGGAGCAGGUGGUGGAAUUUACGUCUAUCUCCUGCCCUUCCUCCAGAAGUCACCAGAGCCUGAUGUGUUUGUCCCGGCUGUCGGAGGAUACGCACUUCUCAUUGUCCUUAUGGCGACUCUCGCGGCGAGAACGAGGCGCCCUCUGGUUGUGCUGGGCGGCCUGGUCUUUAUGGUUUCUGACUUCACUCUUGCGCUGCAGCAUUUCAAAGUUGUCGAGCAUCUGGAUCACGGCAGGCAUAUCGUCAUGGUGACCUACUACCUGGCCCAGCUGCUAAUCGCCAUCGGUGACGUGAAGGCGUUGAUGGAGGAACAGGCCGAUGAGCUCCAUAAAUGGAAAAAGUCAUAGGAGCGGCAUGGUGACAUUAGCAUGUGGGACUGGUGCAGAUUUUAUACAGAUGGAUAUGAUUUAUUAGUUACAGGAGACUCUGUACCCUGUAUGUGCAUGUUCACAUUAUGUAUCGUAAUCCACUGCAUUGUAAAAGGCAACAAACAUAAAUAUUAUUUAUAGCUAGUGACUAUGAUUGUUAUUUGGGCACAAACUAGGACAUGCCUGAUAAUGACAGAAAUAAGAACUGUACUUAGUCUAUAAAAAAUAUUUCUUACUAUAAUAAAACAACUAAAAAGUAGGAAAUGCUAAAUAAAAAUGUGAAACCUAAACAUCUAA